ACCAACCAACCAGCCGACAUGUCUCUUUCCGCCGGAGCGGAGGAGGCGGUGACGGCAGAGAGUAAGGUGAGGUCUGUCUCUGUGGACCUUAAUAUUGAUCCUUCGCUUCAAAUUGACAUUCCUGAUGCUCUCAGUGAAAAAGACAAAGUGAAGUUCACAGUUCAUACAAAGACUACAUUACCAGGUUUUCAGGGCACAGAAUUCUCUGUUACAAGACUACAUGAAGAUUUUGAGUGGUUACAUGACAUACUUAUUGAAACAGAAGAGUAUGCAGGAUUUAUUAUACCCCCAGCCCCUGCAAAGCCUGACUUUGAUGGCCCUCGAGAGAAGAUGCAUAAACUUGGGGAAGGAGAGCUGUCUAUGACGAAGGAGGAAUUUGCCAAAAUGAAGCAAGAACUGGAAGCUGAAUACCUUGCAGUCUUCAAGAAAACAGUAUCAUCACAUGAAGUCUUCCUUCAGCGAAUUUCUUCCCACCCUGUUCUCCGGCAAGAUCACAACUUCCAUGUCUUCCUCGAGUACGACCAUGAUCUAAGUGUUCGGAGAAAAAAUGCGAAGGAAAUGUUUGGUGGCUUCUUCAAAAGUGUGGUGAAGAGUGCUGAUGAAGUUUUGUUCUCUGGCGUUAAGGAGGUGGAUGAUUUCUUUGAGCAAGAGAAGACUUUCCUUGUGACCUACUACAACAGAAUUAAGGAUGCGUGUGCAAAGGCAGAUAAAAUGACAAGAUCACAUAAAAAUGUCGCAGAUGACUACAUACACACUUCAGCGUGCAUGAACAGCCUGGCACUGGAAGAGCCAGCUGUCAUUAAAAAGUACUUGCUGAAAGUUGCCGAACUUUUUGAGAAACUCAGGAAAAUAGAGAAUCGUGUGUCUUCCGAUGAAGAUUUGAAGCUCUCAGAGUUACUAAGAUACUAUAUGCUCAAUAUAGAAGCAGCAAAAGAUCUCCUGUACAGACGUACACGGGCCCUUGUGGACUACGAGAAUUCAAAUAAAGCUCUGGAUAAAGCUCGGUUGAAAGGCAAAGAUGUCAGACAGGCAGAAAUACACCAGCAAGAGUGCUGUCAAAGAUUUGAAAAACUUUCUCUCUCUGCCAAACAAGAAUUGAACAACUUUAAACGGAAGCGAAUAGCAGCAUUUCGUAAAAAUCUAAUUGAAAUGACUGAACUGGAGAUCAAGCAUGCUAAGAACAAUGUUUCUGCCCUGCAAAGCUGUAUUGAUUUAUUACAGAACUAAAGACAUCUUUAGUUCACUCUCUCUGUGUGUACAUGGAACAUUCAACAACUGCACUCAACAACCAUAUCUACCCUGGCUUCUUAUGUUGAAAGAUUUUGCUUGGCUAAUAUCUUAACUAAUAUCUGGAUUUUGGUGAUGUAAACACUACAGUGCAUACAAACCUAAGUUACAAGUGUCCUCAGGCAAAGGGUACUUAUGUAUUGGUUUGAUAUCUGCUAAACUGCUGUCAGGGUUGAAACCUGGUUUCCGGAGAAGCUUUGCUACUGCAAGGGAGGUGUCUAUUGAAAACGACUGUCAUAGAUGCAAACAGCUCAAGCGAUAUCUGCAAAUUACUGGAGCAUUUUUUAUAUGGAAAUACCUAAACAUUCCAUUUUGGAGAUUUCU